AUGGCAACUAUUGAUGAUAUUAAAGUACAUAUUUUGAAACCUUAUCAGGAUCAUCGGCAGCUAACAAUAAAAGAGGGAGAGCAAAUCUCAUUAGAGCUUCUGGAUUACCUCUGCCAAUCAUUUUGCAAGGACUUGGCUACUCUCAGGUAUCUUGCCAAUUUCUUCACCAAAGAAACAUACCAGGAUCUGAUAGAUGAAAGAAAUCUGAAUAAGAGGUGUGGUUAUCCUAUGUGCAAUCAAAGUCAGGGCAGAAUCCGCGAUCCAUAUGGAGGGAAUAGCUUUGCGACCAAGUUUUUACAGCAAAAUAAUCCAUAUGCAUAUCUUUCUUCAUACUGUGGCAAGUUUCACUAUCGCUGCUCUCAAUUUUAUCAAGUUCAACUUUCUGAAGAGGCGCUUUUCGGGAGAGUUGGUGUGCACUUAGAUGACUAUCAUCCAAAAGAUGAUCGUUGGAAGUCGAAAAUUACCUUAUUGGAAGAUAUUAUAGGAGAAAAGCGUUCAAAUGAAGAUGAUCUUUUAAAUGUCAUUCAUGGGAUCGAUCAAUUAAAUAUUGGACAGAAUAAUCAAGAAUCAAGAAAAGAACUCGAAAAUGACUUGAGUGAGUGGCUUUCGCAGGUCAAGAUUGUUGAGAAUGAAAGUCCCCAUAUUUUGGGGGAUGAUGGUAAAGAAUAG